AAUGUCUGUUUCUGAAUUGUAUGGGGGGGGGGGGGGGUUGUGGCGGGUUUGGGGGGUGGAAGUACAUACCUAAAGAAAAAACGUUUAUUACCUGCAGGGGCGGACUGACAACUCACGGGGCCCCCGGGCAAUAGGGGAUCAGGGGGCCCCUGUGUCCUUGCCCAAACUCAAAAAAGGUACCAGGGGCAUCUCAUGGGGCCCCAUACUGACCCGAGGCCCUCGGGCAGUGCCCGAGUUCCAAAUGGUCAGUACACCGCUGAUUACCUGUU